AUGUUCUUGCCCUUACUCCUGCGUUCAAGAUUCGGCUGCUUCCCUAGCGGAGCUGGACCUGUAGGAGCGGCAAGAACCACUUUACUGUCGUCUUGGCAGAGGACAUUGCUUCACCGGAGCCCAGUGCAUAGCUGCUUUUGCAGUCUGCACAAUGAGCAGCACGGACUGGGAUUGGGAACAACAGCCUCUGGACUGUUCGGUCUGGGGACAAUGCUUAGUGCGACCAAAUGGUCCCCAACACCGCAUGCAGCCUGUUGCUACCUUAACUUAGUGGCCUUGAUUCGGAAUUGUGCCAUUGUUUUCAUGAACAAGACGAACAAGCUUGUACGCAGGAAAAAGCGAAAGCGCAUGGGAGAACGCGUCAGUUUACGUUACAGGUAGUAUUGCAACGCGGCACCUUGACGUCACACUCAGCAAGCUGAUGAAGCACACAACUGCACCACACAGGCGCGUGGCAGCUGUAUACAGUGC